AUGUUCUCCAAGGUUACCGCUCUCUUGGCACUUGCUGCCAGCGCUUCCGCGCACAUGAUCCUCGAGUACCCCGUCCCUUACGGCAACAACACGAUCAACAGCUCUCCGCUCGCACCCGGCGACUACCCGUGCAAGCAGCGCUCUGGCGUCUAUGAGGUGACUGAGAUGAACCAGUGGAACGCUGGUGAGACGAAGACCAUCUCCUUCAUCGGCUCUGCAGUCCACGGUGGUGGCUCCUGCCAGUUCUCCAUGACCACAGACACUGAGCCUACAGAGUCUUCUCAGUGGAAGGUCAUCCACAGUGUCGUUGGCGGCUGCCCGUCUAACGUCACAGGUAACCUAGAGGAGAACCCUGCCGGCCAUGGUGCUGCUACUUUCCCCGUCACCAUGCCCGAGAGCAUGCCUGAUGGUCGCUACACUUUCGCCUGGACUUGGUUGAACAAGCUCGGAAACCGUGAGUUCUACAUGAACUGCGCUCCUGUUCAGGUUGGUGAAGCCGGUGCCACUGCCUCUGCUGCCAACGCCGCCUCCGCCCUCGGCGCUCUCCCUGACAUGUUUGUUGCCAACUUGCCCGAUACUCAAUGUGCCACCACUCAGGGCGAGGACUUCAACUACCCUGAACCUGGCUCUUCCCUUGUCGACGGCAACAGUGCCAACCUCGGUGACUCUCUCUCUGGCGCUGGAUGUGCUUCUAUGACCAAGCUGGGUGCUGGUAGCGGAAAGCUUGGCUCGCCUACUGGAGGUGCCGCUUCUUCGGCCCCAGCUGCUACCCAGCCCGCUGCCUCUUCAGCUGUCGCGUCUGCUCCUGCGGCCUCAGCCCCCGCUGCCUCUUCAGCCCCUGGAUACUCCGCCGCGCCUGUUGCCUCGGCCUCGCCCGUUGUUUCUGCUCCCGGUGUCUUCGCCCCUGGUGCUUCGUCUGCACCUGCCGCUACUUCUGCGGCACCUGCUACCUCGGCUGCCCCGGUCGCCUCUGCUGCCCCGGUCGCCUCUGCUGCUCCUGUGGCCUCCGCCGCUCCUAGCACUCCUUCGACUGGCGAGGACUGCACGCCCUGCACCAACGACGGCGCUGUGGUCUGUAUCGGCACCAGCUCUUUCGGUCUCUGCAACCGUGGCUGCGCUGUUGCUCAGCAGCUCGCUGCUGGCAUGGCCUGCACAAACGGUGGGAUCAGCGCCGCCGUUACCAAGCGCUCUUCCCCCCGUGCGCAUUUUCACAAGCGUCACGGCUCAGGCCUUCGUCUCCUCUAA